AUGUUCGGCAUCUUCACCAUUCCAAUUUUCAUGUUGGUCCACGAGGUCAGGAGAUUCCUUUUUAUUGGAUUUUCAAAGGUUCGCCGAGGAUGUCCCCAAGUCCUCCAUUGCGACAGCGGGACGAACUUCGUCGGAGCGAGUUGCCACUUCCGGGCCCUUAGAGAGAGGAUAGAGGACGAAGCCGACGCGAUACGCGAAUUCGCAUCAAAAAGCGGAUGCGAAUUUGUGUUCACACCACUGCGGGCUCCGCUCAUGGGCGAACUAUGGGAGGCAGGUGUCAAAACUGCCAAGAGCCUACUCCUACGGGCGGUGGGCAACGCGCUCCUAAGCGCAGAAGAGCUGGGGACAGUCCUCGUGGGAAUCGAGGCAGAGAUGUACUCCCGGCCGCUCGGAGCGAUCAGCAACGACCCAAGCGACGGAGAGGCGCUGACUACCGGGCACCUACUGACAGGCGGGCCGCUAAUCGCGACACCAGCAUUCCGGACCCCGGACCAGGAGGUAUCGGCCGGUAAUCCGGGCGUGAAGUCCACAUGA